AUGCAAUUUGUUAUCCCCUGUAAUUUCUCUAGGAUCAUAGAGGGAUUGAUUAAACUGCGAGUACACACUACCUCGUCCGACCUUUCCAAUGCCGUGCGGUAAGACUGUUCAAAUAAAGAUGAUCAGUAACAAUGUAGCAGCUGGCUGGAAUUAGCUUGGGAACCAGGCAUCGCAUGACAAGAAGAUCUUCAUAUGACCUGCUGAGGGGGAACAUUCCUUUCUGUUUAAUGUAGUGGACCUUUGUAAAGACUUGUCACUGAUAGUAAGACCCGGCUGUAGACAAUUGUUUGGAAUUUUUUCAGAAUCUUGAUAACAACGUCUGGUGUCUCCAUCCAUUCUUAGGUGAAUUUCAAAUUCCCCUUUUCAUUAAUCUUGACACAACUCAUGCAGAAAUUUUUUUUUUUAAUAAAAUAUAUAUAUAUCUUCAUAAACAAAUUAAUGUUUUGGGUUUCUACAUAUUAUAGGCUUAAAUAUGUAAUCCCAUGUUGUCAAUAAACUGGUGAUUUAAAUAAAAUGAAAUGGUUUUCAAGAUAAAAUGAUGUGCACAAAGGUUUAUCUGAAUCAUUAAAGUUCCACUGUUGCCUAAGAAUUUUGUUCUAUAAAUCAGAUUGAAACAAGAAUGCAAAUAAUGUUAGUUUCAUGUAUCCAAGCUAGGGUAACUUUGUUUUGACGUGAAGGCCGCCAUCUUGGAAUUGUCAAUGAUAGAGAUACAAAAAUGCAAGACUAUUGAGAGCAUGUGAUGUCAGCAGCCAAUCAGAGUGUGUAAUUUGCAGAAUGACGCUCAGCAUUCCAUUAUAGAGAAAACAUGAAAUUCUUCUUUGGACUCUUUGAUGAAGCGUAGUGGCCAAUAUACCCAAGAUUAGCUAUCAUGUAUAUUUACCAUUGACCAGCACAAGGUAUAGAGGUCUGGCCAUAAAUAUUCUGAACAGCAAACAGCCCGUCUCGUCCCCUGUGACUGCAGCUUUCAUUGUCUAACACGUUCUUUGUUGCUGCAUAUCAUUGUUUUGUUCAAUGUAUCUUAACAAGGUCAAAUCAAAAGGGUGUGGACUUGGAGGGGGGAGUAAGGAAUUAAUACAAAUUUACACCCUGGCUUGGUGAAGUCACAAUGGUUUUGACCUUUAACAUUCCUGCCAAAUGGAUUACUUGGUUCUAAAUGUCUAAUUAUGUUAAAGGGACAUUCCAAGCACCAUAGUUACUAGUGAUUACAAUGUGAUGAGUAUCCAAUAUAUUCUGCAUGAUCAAUGUAUAUCAAAAACAAGAAAUUAAAAAUAAUAAACACUGCUUGCUUACUCCCACCUCCAACUCUCGGACUGUGCUUUUUUUUUUUUUUAAUCAGGGAUGUGACGGACAUGUCUUGCACAUUUCCAUAUAAAGGAAUAAACAACAAUGACAACGUUCAUUCUUUACAGAACAGACACAAGGAACUUCCAUUCCUUUCCAAUACUUACUGUACGUGAGUUCACCCUACGAGUUACACUGUGUAAAUAAUGUGGAGUGGAGGGUUGGUUUAGAUCUGCGUUAUGUUUAACCCUGGGCCAGGUCCUAAUAGUGGGUCCUGUUUAUAAUUCUGUCUGAAACAGGUAGAUUCAUGAUAUUAAUCUGUCCAUGGUUAACUAACGGCCACAAUAACUUGCCAUACACGGGGAAAUGAACUCCCAUUUAAUGCUGAGAAUCAUAUGAAAGGUACCGAUGGCAUGUAAAAAAUGUGGAUCUCUGUCAAACAAUGUUAAGAACCAAUGAGUUAUUUAUUUUUUGUAUUAAGUGUUUCUCGGGGAGUGUUCUGUCUGCUGCUCCUAAGAACUGCAGUUUUUACAGACUUUUUUUAAGAUAUACCCCAAUGAACAGAUGCAUGCAUGUAUUCAUUGGGGGUGUAAAUACUAAACAGGGAUUUAUAUAUUUUUUACCUAUAUGGGCAGUGGAGUGUUCUUUUAAGCAUUAACCAUAACCACUUUAUCUUUUCACUGUCCGAUCCUUUCACUGUGUGCCUUUUGGAAGGUUGCUGACAUAUCUUGCACAGGAUCCUCUCGUAGCCCUACAGAUGGAGGUAAAAAUAAUUAGCAUGGAAUGCUCAGACUGUGCCAGGACAGUGCGGCACACAAUUUAAAUAAAAAAAAAAUAGAUGUGGUUUAGAAUUUUAAGAUAUAUUAAUAAAUCGCUAUCAGGUUAUACAGAAACCUAAGAUGUGAAAGUUCCAUUUUACGGUUUAUCCAGUCAAAAAUUUGCUUCGCAUCUUUGGUAUUUUAUUCUUUUAUUAAUUUUUUUUUUUAGACAACUUCUGUAAGAAACGGCCCUCUCGCUUUCCUUUGUUCGGAGGUAUUCAUAAGCAGUUUGUCAAUAUGGGCGUUGCUGACUUGGCACACGGUUUCUUUGCUAAAGGACUAAUCACUAAACAGCUGAAGAAGGUGUGGCGAGCGGAUGGCAUGUUCCUGCAAAGAAGGACAAAGAAGCUGUGA